AUGGCAAAGAAGGUGGUGGUAAUUGGAGCUGGGGUCAGUGGCUUGAUCUCUCUGAAAUGCUGUGUGGAUGAGGGACUUGAGCCCACUUGCUUUGAGAGGACUGAAGAUAUCGGAGGGCUGUGGAGAUUCAAAGAAAAUGUGGAAGACGGCCGAGCAAGUAUCUACAAAUCUGUCAUCACCAACACCAGCAAAGAAAUGUCCUGUUUCAGUGACUUUCCAAUGCCUGAAGAUUUCCCAAACUUUCUGCACAAUUCUAAACUUCUGGAAUAUUUCAGAAUUUUUGCCAAAAAGUUUGAUCUUCUAAAAUAUAUUCAGUUCCAGACAACCGUUCUUACUGUGAAGAAACACCCAGAUUUCCCAUCAUCUGGCCAAUGGGAGGUUGUUACUCAGAGCAACGGCAAGGAGCAAAGUGCUGUCUUUGACGCAGUUAUGGUUUGCAGUGGUCACCACAUCCAGCCACACAUCCCACUGAAGUCAUUUCCAGGUAUUGAGCGGUUCAAAGGCCAGUAUUUCCAUAGCCGUCAAUAUAAGCACCCAAUUGGAUUUGAGGGAAAACGCAUCCUGGUGAUUGGAAUAGGAAACUCAGCCUCAGAUAUUGCCUCUGAGCUGAGUAAAAAUGCUGCUCAGGUAUUCAUCAGCACCAGAAAUGGUUCCUGGGUCAUGAGUCGAAUCUCUGAAGAUGGUUAUCCAUGGGACAUGGUGUUCCACACUAGGUUUAAAUCAAUGCUCCGAAAUAUCCUGCCACGAAUGAUUCUCAAAUGGAUGAUGGAACAACAGAUAAAUCAUUGGUUCAACCAUGAAAAUUAUGGUCUGGAGCCUAAAAACAAAUACCUUAUGAAAGAGCCUAUACUGAAUGACGAUCUUCCAAGUCGCCUACUCUAUGGAGCCAUCAAGGUGAAAUCGAGAGUGACAGAGCUCACAGAAACAUCCGCCAUCUUUGAGGAUGGAACAGUGGAGGAGGACAUUGAUGUCAUUGUCUUUGCAACAGGCUAUACUUUCUCUUUUCCUUUCCUUGAAGAGCCACUUGUCAAAGUAGAGCAUAAUAUGGUCUCACUGUAUAAAUAUAUGUUCCCCCCUCACCUGGAGAAGUCAACCCUUGCGUGCAUGGGUCUCAUCCAGCCCCUAGGCUCCAUUUUCCCAACUGUUGAACUUCAAGCACGUUGGGCAACAAGAGUUUUCAAAGGCUUGUGUAGCUUACCUUCAGAGAAAGCAAUGAUGAAGGACAUUAUCAAAAGGAGUGAAAAAAGAACUGACCUGUUUGGAGAAAGCCUGAGCCAGAUACUGCAGACCAAUUACGUUGACUACCUGGAUGAGCUCGCCCUGGAGAUAGGUGCCAAGCCAGACUUCAUUGCUCUCUUAUUAAAAGAUCCUAAACUGGCUAUAAAACUCUAUUUUGGGCCCUGCAAUUCCUAUCAGUACCGUCUCGUUGGGCCUGGGCAGUGGGAAGGAGCCAGAAGUGCCAUCCUCACCCAGAAACAAAGGAUACUGAAGCCUUUAAAGACUCGGUCUGUGAAGCCUUCAUCCAAUUUACCAACUUCUUUCCUGCUGAAAAUCCUGGGGCUUCUUGUUGUUUUUAUGGCCUUUUUUUCCCAACUUCAUUAGUUCCAAUCUGUCACAUAACACCUCUAGCUUUAUUAUCUUGCCAGUUGGUACAAUUUAAAGAAGAAAUAUUAAAGCUAUAUUCUAAAUUUUAGAGUUAUGAGGAACAAGUAAGAGAAGUAAGCAUGAGGAAGUAAGAAAAGCAAGUCUACAUUUAAAAUCAAAACUGUUAGGAAAUGUCUUUGCUAUUCUACCCUUUUUGCAAAUUCACUAAACUCCCAAAAGUACAAUAAAAUAACACAGAUCCAGUAGACAGUGUUUCAGCCUUGAUAUGGUUUAAAUUAUGUGGAAAAUACAGAAUUUCACAGAAUGAAAAGCAGGCCCUAUAGUUUAAAUUGUUGGAAAACUUGAAUUGUGGUAAAUAUUUAAAACUCUUGCACAACAUACUUGGUGUUCCUGCACAGACUCUGUUUGGUAAUAAAGGUCAGGCUCUCAAAAAUACUGGUGGUGUGGGUAAGGAUGUGAAAAAUUUAGAAAACACCAGUACUGGCCUCAUACAGAAAGCCAGCAAAUAAUCACAUUUCUUGCUGCAAAAAUAAAACAAACAUGCUGUAAUAGCUAGCUGGAAAUAUAUGUAUGUACAUAUAUAUAGUGUUUAUCAUAGACUAAACAUUGUGCUAUGUGUACAUUAUAAAUAUUAUUUUAAUUCUCACAAUUCUGAGAUGGGUAUGGAUAUUGUACCCAUUUUACAGGUGAUGAAACUGAGACUCAAAGCAAUUGUGUAGCAUGACUAAGACCACAUUACUGGUCUUCAGAUGGAGCUCAACUUGGAGCCCCGGUUUGUUGAACUCUAGAACUGAGGGUCAUAACCUCGCCCUACAAUAUGGUUAUUUAUAAAAAUCUCAUUAUUGAUAAAGUGCUUAUUAAUCAUUUAUUUCAUCAAUUAUAAUAUAUAUGUUCAUUUUGGAGAAUCUUUACAUAGAAAACAGUGCUCUCCUUACAUAAGUGAUCUGAGUAUUAUUUAUAAUAUUUGGUUUAUAUUUCAGCUAAAUAAAAAUAUUUGAAGACAUUUACAGUGAAAGAUAACUGCGAAAUAACAUUUAAGAUAAUCUUGGACACUUGGAAUAAAAGUAUAUCUCUCAAGUAGAUGGAAAGUACUACAACAGUGGUGGUGAACCUAUGGCAGGAGUGCUGCAGCCAACUGUUUGUUAUCAUUGAAGGCUCUCAAAGGUUCACCAUCACUGCUCUAUAACAAAUGAUCCUUAUAUCUAGUGCUAACCUUACAGAUAGCCAAGGCAAAAUGCUAAAUAAUCUUUUCAUCUGAUAAAAGCAUAUCAGUUAAGAAAGACAAACAUUUUCUUGGAACUGAAGAGUAAAAAGACAAGCAAUUCAAUGCCAAUAAACAUUGAACAAUAUGACAGAUAAACAUAGACAAGCAAUUCAAUGCCAAUAAACACUGAACACUAUGAUAGAUAAACAUUUGUCCAUGGAACAUUCACCACCGCCACUAUUCCCAUGAACUGAACUUUGAGAGAUAAACUAUGCUGUGAGCCUAAACUGAGGUAAUGAAGGAAGGCAAACAAAGAUCAAAGAUGUUGAACACUUGGCAAAUUUCUCCUUUUUAUCUGUUCAAAACCUAUGUGGACACUGUUCCUAAUUUUGGCCAGGAAUUCUGCCCUCAAGACCUAAAACAGUGAUGGCAAAACUUUUAUAGACCGAGUGCCCAGACUGCAACCCAAAACCCACUUAUUUAUCACAAAAUGCCAACCCUGCAAUGAAACCUGAAUACUUAGGUUUUAGUUUAGAAAAACCAACUCAUACAUUAACAACUUUUAUCUUAAAAGAAAAACAUAAUACUGAAUACUGAGGUUUUAGUUUAGAAAAACCAACUCAGACAUUAACAACUUUUGUCUUAAAAGAAAAACAUAAUAACAUAUCUUUGCUGUUAUAUGUAAGUUGAUAAUUUAUCAAAGCUUGGCUGGGGCAGCUGGCUCACAUGCCAACAGAGAGGGCUCUGUGUGUCCACUGCAGCAUCGCCAUUGGCCUAGAACAAUGUAAUGACAGUCUCUCUUAGUAGAAAUGUUUUUGUAAAGUUCAUUGAAAUAAUACCAACAUUUGCACUCAAAAAUAUUGUUUUCAUCACUGUAUAAGCAAAUUUUUUUCAAAAAAAUCACAAAUGGUAUAUAUACGUAAUUCUUAAUUUAAAAAAACUGGUUACUUUGCCAGUUAUUAAAAAUCAUAAGCCUUAAAUGCAAAGGUCAGCAAACUCCUGUUGAUGGGCCAAAUCCAGCAACCACUUGAUUUUUUAAGUUUUAUUAGAAUGCAGCCACACUUAUUCACUUUCUACGGCUGCUUUUGUGCAAAGUUGAGUACAAGAGUAUGAGAGACCAUGCAGCCCACAAAUCCUAAUAUACUGACCAUCUAACCCUUUUCAGAAAAAGUUUGCCAAUUCAUGCCUUAUCAUAGGCAAGAUAAUGUCCAGUUUUGCAGAUGCUGUCUCCUUUCAUCAUCACCACUACACCCUGAAAUAGCGUUAGUAAUUAGCCUUCUACAGCGGAGGGGACUGAAUGCUUGUUAGGUUGAUACCAAAUCGAUGG